AUAAGUUGAGAAAAAAAUAUAUUUACAAGUGGAUAAUGCUAUCGAAACAUAGCUGUUUUUAUUAAUGCCAAAUGAUUCAAGCAGUUAGUUUUUUUCGCUCAAUUUUGAUGUCCCAAAAAAGUAAAGGAAUAAUACAAACAUGGCUGUGUCUAGCUGGAUGCUUAGAAAUAGAAAUAUUCGUUCAAGCAAAUUCGGGAAAAGCAAGCAGAAGGAGGAGGAUGUUAUCAAAUUAAAUUUGAAAUUAGAUCCACAUUUGAAUGCGGUUGAGAUACUGUCUAUGCUGAGCAAGACGAAGGAUGUAACAGAUGCUAAACGUUUGAAUUACCUGAAUAAUUUUGUUAAACUGUCCAUGCAUCUGGAGAGAAAUUUGGAACCAUUAGGAUUCAGUAUAGAGGAAAUUCUGUAUUGUUUAAGAUUUUCAUUGGUUUCCAAUUUGACUCAAGUGAGGUCAGGUGCAUUCCGUGCAAUAAGAUAUGUGCUGUCAAAUGAAUCAGAUGUUCACUGCUUCAACAAGCUGCUCAUACCACUGAUGGUGGUUCGUUCUCUAGAUUUGGCUAUUAAAUAUGAUAUUGAAAGAAUUGAAGCUAUAAAACUAAUCAGAAGGGUAUUAUUAAUUGCACCAAACCUAUUUGACAAGGUUUUGGCCAGGUGCUUGGUGUCUUUGGCGAAUGGCGGUGUCGAGGAAAAAGACAGAUUGCUGCGAGUUUGUUUAGCGGCAUUAUCUGAAUUAGGUAUUUUAAAUCCAGGUUUAUUUAUUGAGUGUGGAGGAGUUUCGGCGAUAACCAGGAACCUGUUAGAAUGUCAGACGCCAAGGAUAGCGGAGUCGCUAUGUGGGGUUUUAUUGCUAUUGCUGGAUCGACCAAUAACAAGGGACAAGGCGGUCGUUGAUUUGCAUUGCGUCGCAGCUCCGUAUUGUGAUUUCCAUUAUAGACAUGGCUGGAUGGACAAGAAUAGGGAUGAGAGGGAGUUGCGGUUCAAUUGUAGUCGGCUGGCGCUCCUUUCGAUUUUACGCAGUUGGCCAGGAAUUUUACAUUUCUGCAGCCCUAGCGACUCAUCCGGCUUGAAAGCAAUUGUGGCCAUCUUAUAUUUAAACCAAUUGGAAGUUCGGAAAGCAGUAUUGGAUCUGCUUUACGAGCUUUUGAAUUUGCCUCAGCCAGAAUGGACGGAUGAAUUAUCGGUGGCCUUAAGUGCUAUUGAUCCAGCUGAGCCGCAGGCCUCUUGGAGGUUGGCCGAAGGAUUCGUCGUGGCCGAGGGACGAUCUGUUUUACCCCAUCUUGCCCGUACAACCCCCAGUAUUAGUGAUAUGCACCUAUCGUUACUGCUGUACUGUUUCCUUGAAACCGGCCUCCUAGAAGCGUUGGCCGAGGUGAUUGCAACUAGUGAUACUUUCAUAUGUGUUCGCGCCACAGUUCUUCUUGGGGAACUGUUGCGUCUGAUACAACUAUUCCUACCACCAGAAUGCUGCAAUAUCACACCAGCGCUGCCGAACCUCUUGGGUUAUGCAACGAAGGACAAACCGCAGGCUCUAGCUGCGGUUACGGGUCUCCAACAGCUCCACAAGCUACUGAAAAGACGUCCGGCUUCCUACAGUUUAUACAUGGACUACAUAUUGCGCAGCGGCAAUUUCAUCAAAUCUUCCAAUAGAACCGAGCAGAUUCGUAAAAGCAAGAUGAGGCAUGUACGGUCCAAAAUAACGCAGCUCGUGAUGAAAGAUGGCGAUGAUGUCAUCAAAGAGACUGGAGUGCUGAAUAACAAAGAUGCCUACACGUGGAAUUGGAAUGUUAUUAAAAUGAUUUUAAAGGGUGAAACUGAACAUGAAAUAAGUGCGAGCGAUGCGAAUGACAGGUCAUUCCUGAAACGACUCGUGGAUUAUUACACGCCGUCUUCGUACCGGUACUCGCACAUGGACCUAACUUCACCGAAGAACUCUCAGGGUUACACGAUGGUUGGCUUAGAGCUAAUAGACUGUCUGCUCGCGUUGAACGAAACCUUCUUUAAUAAGCUGCUUUUAGAAUGGUUCGAAAAUAUUUUGAGCAACAUAAAAUCGAUCACUACCAGCAAAAGUGCACACGACUGUUUGUUCAGUCCUCAGCAUAUGUCCAAUACUCAGUGCCAAAGCUAUUUCCUGUUCAUUGGCAGAUUGGGCAGCAAACCGGCCGGGGAGCAAUUACUACUUAAUCUUUCCUUCUUCCAAGUAUUACAAGAUUUAGCGACAUCGACAAAUCACGAUUGCUACGCAAAACUGAUCGUUUCAUCGUUGGACUACCAGAACAAUAAAAGAUCCAUCGAUCUGCUAACGAAAGUGUUGACCUGCUCCAUAGAAUCGUCUAGACUUUACUCAACGCAAUUUCUUUUGAUUCUACUGCGAGCGGGAAUAGAAAAUUUCUCUUCGUGGGGUAUCAAACUAUUAGCGGGACAAUUAAACGAUCAGUCCAGGUCAGUGUAUUUAUCCGCAUUGGCCUCGCUACACGAAGCCUGCGAAGUUCCCGUUUAUUUGGAGGAGUUGGUCAAAGUCAAUCCAGAUUUGCUGCACCUAGGAGAAAAGGGUAUGCUUCUUCUCAUCCGAUUCCUCUCCGUGCCGAACGGGUUUGCAGCGCUUAAGAAAAAGAACAAUAAUUUUGCGAUUCACGAAUUGCAGCGAUGGGACGAAUAUUUCAAUUUCAGGUACGUGUUUUUGAUUGAGGGUGAAAUCGCGGACGCUCUAACUUUACAUCAAAGAGGAGAGGACGGUAGAUAUGAUAAGAGAUCCAGUUUAUUGAGAUCGAUCAGCAAAAAAGAUUUGUUUUUGCCACCGCAUAUCUACGGACAAUUGGCAAAGCAUUCGGAGGGGUUUCAGGUUCUCUGCGAUCACGGUUCGUUAAUGACCAUGGUACCAUGCGUUAAUAAUGGAUUGUGCGAAUCCGAAGAGGACAUACUGAAGUUGAAGGCAGCGUUAUGGGUUUUAGGACAUUUAGGCAGCUCGGUUAGAGGAGUUGAAUUUCUGAAUUCUAAGAACUCCCUGGCUGGUAUAGUAAAUUUGGCUAAGAACUGUCAGGUGUAUUCGAUUAGAGCUACAGCUCUAUACGCGCUCGGUUUGAUAGCCACCACUAAACUUGGGGCGGAUUCCCUAUUUAAAUUGGGUUGGGUUUGCACCAGACAUGAUAGACACGAUAGAUGGCCUAUAAUCGAGGAAGAAAAUUGGGGCGAAGAUGUUCCUGAUUGUUCGGCAACGAAUCGACCGACUUCGGAAUCGGACAGAAGUGAUUUGGCGUUUUCCAGCGAAAUGUUUAUUGCGGACAUGGACAGCAGUGAUACCGAUUUGGAUAUGUUUCUGAUGGACACCUCCUUUCAGGGAAAAUCCCAAACUUUACCCAAUCAGAACGUGUCAGCUAGUUACCACAAACGAUCAUUAUCCGAAUCUAAAACGUUUGAGAUGUGGCGAGGAUAUUUAGAUAAAAAGAGUGAUACUCAUCUAUCGACAGAUCUACCACAGAGAUACAGGGAUAAUUCGGUGACAGAAUCCACAACCUCAGGAGUCAGCUCUUGCGAAUCAGUUCUAGGCAAAGGCAUCUUAAACGAAACUAGGUUGCAAACGUUAAGUCCAAUACCAAGCAGUUCCAGUUUGAUUACCAUAAAAACACCAGUUAUAAAGAUACGAAGGCAUUCGGAAUCCUCUAGAAGAGUAUCCAUGAACAGUAUAACGCCAUCGGAUAAAUCAACGAUUUCGCCGUGCAGUAGUUCUAUAGGUAAAUUAAGUCAUCAAGAUUUGAUUGGUUACGCCACGGUGCGUUCAAUACGAAGAAAUCAACAGCAAAACGUCGAGGACAACUCCGACGCUAAUUUUCAAAACAGCAAUUUCCUGAGGGUGCAUAGUCUUGACAGGCAGAGGAAGCAUCACACGAGCUAUACGGAUUGUGAGACAGGAGUAUUCGGAAAUUACCUACUAGGAGGUCUGAGUCUGACGUCUUUAUCCAGUGUGAAAAAGUAUUCUGUAAAAGAUUCUUCCAAGAAACAAGGCUGCUGUUACAUGGGUAUAUCUUUGCCCAUUUCACUGAGCUCUUUGUUCCCUGAAAAUGAUGAUUAUUCUUUGAUGUUUUCAAGAUACGCAACUACGGAAAAUCUGGAAAAAGAAUCGGAGGUGGACAGUGAUGACAGCGAAGAAAAUUGCAGGAUUUCGAAAAACACUAAACAUAAUUUAAAGUUUUGCCUAAGAUGUUCGUACGAUACAUUGACUACAAAGAAGAAAAAAUGUAAGAAAGGAAUAUUACAAGAGUUUAAGGAGUGUGACGAUAAUACUCUGAAUUUGAGGGAGAAUGUCUUGGAGAACAUCGAAAUGUUAGCGAAUCCUGUAGCUUACAAGCAGUCGCGUCAGGUGCUGCUAAAUAUGAAGCAGAAAAAUCCAACAAUAUUCCAUGAUAUUUGUCUAUAUUCCGAAGUUUGUAAAAUGGUAUCGGAGACUUCCUACCGUUUGCUGUCCAGGAGAUUCGUUCAAGACAUAUUCUACGACGUGAAUUUCGAGGUGUUUACGCGCGAUCUCGAUUUGAUUUUUACCACGACGCGCACCACAGCAGUUCCCAAGGUGAGGAAUACCGUGAAUACCAACGAGAAGAAACUCAGGUACACAGAAAUCGCAAAAGAGAAACGUAAGAUCGAGCUGAGCGGCGUUACGCCGAAGCACGUGGUGAUCGGUUUCAAUGUUGAAGAGUCGCCGGAGAUGGCCUCCUCGUAUGUAAAGUACGAACCCAGAUCUCCGCCGCUCUCUAGCGUGAAGGAGGAGAACGUCGUUUCCAGCACAGAAAACCUACCAAACAAAAACUCAAGUGUUCAUAAACAAAAUUCAAUUACCGAUAAGACUGAAAGCAAAUCUCUACCGAGCGCCAUAAAAACAUUGGAUCAACUUAAACUUACUUACAAUGAAAACAAAUUUCCUAUCAAGACCAGAGAUGACAAGACGGUUAUCAAGUAAAUGGAGAAAAGUAUUUCAUUGAUAUAACGGAAGAGACGCGUACACUUUUCGAUUACACCUCUUGAAGUUUUGUUAAUUUACAUCAAAAGAAGUUAAGAUAUUGUUCCUAUUGAUUCAAAACUAUACAGAGAUAGAAAAAAAUGUAAAACAUCCUAUUCCCAUUCUCCUUUUA